CCUCAUAAACGAUGACUCUGAUAUCGACUUUAAUAUCCUGCUGGCUUUUGCUGCACAUCAACGACGUGGCCGGCAAGUCUGAUAUUGUCAGAAUAGGCGCAAUCUUCGAUGAGCCCAGCCUGCGGGAGGAGCAAGUUUUCCGCGCUGCAAUCGAGGCAAUCAACGGCAAUCGAAAGCUGUUGGCACACAGCAGAUUGUCGGCAAUUAUCGAGACUGUCAAACCUGGCGACUCUAUGGCAGCUUAUAAAAAAGCGUGCGCGAUGCUGCAGACCGGCGUAGCGGCCAUAUUCGCAGGGUCUACAGAUGGCGGCAGCGUACAGACUGCCUGCGACCAUCUGGAGGUGCCGCUGCUUAUGGCGCGCUGGCAGAACAGACGGCCGCCCUUUGCAAUCAAUCUCCACCCGCCCCCGUCAACGCUGGCCGAAGUGAGUCAAUUCCAGAUACUGUGA